AUGUGCAAGAUGACGGAUCAACAUGGCGGCGAGGUGUCGACUGAUAUUGGUGGUCAAUGGAACAGUGACACUCGUAGCCUACCUCUUCACGAAGAUCUUGAGCUAUCCCGGAGUAGGAAAGAAUGGAUAUCGACGACAGUUCCCUUAGCGGCCUUAGCUGAUUGGAAAUAUGAGAAGGGAGGUGGUGGCCGGAAGGUCACUUGUGGGAGGUGGCAGCUGCAAGAUAAGUUAGGUUUAGGGUUACGACACCGCUUGAAGACCCCUUCACGUCGGCCAUCCAGUAAACGAUUAUUGAUCACAACCAUCAUCCUCAUCACCGACGACCACCAUCAUCUUUCUGUCCUUCCGGUUGCUGACCACCACCAUCAUUUUCAUCACCGACGACCACCACCAUCUUCAUGUCGUUCCGGGUAUUGA